AUCCUGGAGGCACAGCCCGCGUAGGAAUGGAUGGCAGGAGACACCACGGACUUCCCUCGGCGCUGCAGAAUGAAGAGGAGCCGGGCGAGGCCGUGCCCGUGGUGAGCGAUGCCCCUCCACCCUACAGCAGCAUUUCUGCAGAGAGCACAGCUUAUUUUGACUACAAGGAUGAGUCAGGGUUCCCGAAGCCGCCGUCCUACAACGUGGCCACCACUCUGCCCAGCUACGACGAGGCCGAGAGGACCAAGGCUGAGGCCACCAUCCCCUUGGUUCCUGGCAGGGAUGAAGAUUUUGUGACACGGGAUGACUUUGAUGACACUGACCAGCUGAGGAUAGGCAAUGAUGGCAUUUUCAUGCUGACUUUCUUCAUGGCAUUCCUCUUCAACUGGAUUGGAUUUUUCCUGUCGUUCUGUCUGACUACUUCAGCUGCAGGACGAUAUGGGGCCAUUUCUGGGUUUGGUCUCUCUCUUAUUAAGUGGAUCCUUAUUGUCAGGUUCUCCACCUAUUUUCCUGGUUACUUUGAUGGCCAGUACUGGCUUUGGUGGGUCUUCCUUGUACUAGGCUUUCUGCUGUUUCUCAGAGGAUUUAUUAAUUAUGCAAAGGUCAGGAAGAUGCCAGAUACGUUUUCCACUCUCCCCAGAACCAGAGUUCUCUUUAUUUACUAAAGAUGUUUUCUGGCAAAUGUCUUCCUGCAUUAGUGAAAUCCCCCCCAAGAAGCAGCAGGACACCUGCAGGAAGUGAAUCAAGGCUCUGGAGCAGAAGAAAAAAUAAUCACCUGCUUUAAAAUAAAUAAAUAAAAGUACUGUUGGAAAAAGAAAAAAAGAAAAAGGAGAAGCAUUUAUUUCUAUUUGUUUUUAGGUGUAAAGUUUUAAUAAUUAACGCAGAAUUCUGUAAUUGUUGACUCGUUAGUGGGUAAUGUUAGAAGCAGCUGUUGCAGUGAGUCUGUGCAGUGCUGAUGGAGCUGUUCAGGAGUUUGUGCUGUUGGGGCAGCAGGAGCCGUCCCGGGGCCAGCAGGGGCCAGGCUUGCUUUAGUUCCUCCUGCAGCCUGGGGGCUGCCAGGCUCUGCCUGUGCUGUGACACUCUGCAGUGUGUGACACUGUCCUGUGCAGUGUG